AUGCAGCCUCCGAGUGACUCGGAUGGCAGCAGUCCAUCGAUCGACUACUCCCGUCGUUCUUCUACCGCACAACCACAUUCAUCACGUCAACCCAACGUCAAUCCUCACCAACACCUUCUUGAUCGAACCGAAGAAAAUUGUCCAAAACAUCUUACAGGUUCUAAACGUACCCGAUACCUUAAAGCUGGUCAAAAAGCUAGAAAGAACUUACAACUAGUUCAACAAUUAACUCCUUUUCAUUACCCUGUUCAUCAUUCUAUUAAUCCCGUUUUCAUUCAUCAUUUAACUCCAAACUCAACACUUGAAUCUAUCAUCAACAGCAUUCAAGAUGUUAAUAUUUAUGUAAUUGAUACUGAAUCAGAUCCUCCAACUCCAUUUCGUUCUGAACCAUUACCUGCUACUCUUCAAAUUCAAGCCAUCCAUAAUCAAGAUCAAACCACCAUUCUUUUGAUCGAACUUCAAUUUUUGCCACAUUCAUCAACAUACACCUUCUCCCUCAUUCAACGUCUUUGCUAUCAUAUUUUCUCCCCACAACAUCAUAUUGUUUCAUGGGGCGAGAUCAGUCAAGAAUUAUUAUCCUUUCAACAAUUUGCCCUAUUUGAUUUAUCACAAAUUCGUCAUCCACUCAACCUCCAGCGAUACUUCACCAACGAAUGGAAUAACACUCACCCACACAUAUCAUCAUGUCAUACUCAACAACGUCAAAGUCGUCCCGAUCUCGAUCCACAUAUUGAUUUAAUAUGCCACAUUGAUACCGAUGAUUUAGACGAAGAUUUAUUUCCGGAUAAAGUUCCCCAGGUUCACAUUCGCUGUACCUGUCCCGACACAAUCCAUCCAUACAAAAAUGCUAAUGACCAAUGGAGCCUUCAAAAAGCUAUUCAGUAUACGUUUGAUGAAGCACUUGACAAGGCUUUAACCUUUAAUACAUGGAGUUGUGGACUUGAUCCUCUUCUACACUCUGCUCAUACGACUGCAGACAUCAAUACUCGUGCAGCUCUUACAUCAUAUGCCAUUAAUGAUAUUCUUGCACCAACUAAAUUACUUUUUCAUUUGAAACAUGAACUUAUUAUUCCUUAUCUAUCUUCCAAUACAGUCACAUCCACCUCGACUAUCGAAGAUCAACCACCUCCAUUGCCGUCUUAUUUCGUCUUAUCAGAUAGUCAUGCACGACAUAUCGAUUCACCUAUUAAUACUGAAUUUGGUACCAUCACUAUCAUUGCCAUUUCCGGUUUAAAAUGGUGCGAUACAAAUGAUCCUCAUUUGUGUGCUUAUUCCUUAUUACAAUCAACGACAAUGUCAUCACAUUUAUCAACUGCAUCAGGAAUAAUAUUGUUAAUUGGUACAAAUUCUUUACGUCAAUUUGAUGCAUCUCAAGUACUUCAAGAAGUAGCACACACAAUCAAUUAUCUUCAUCAACAUUAUCCCAAUUUGCACCGUAAAGAAGCCAUUGCAAUUGUUGCUACAUUUCCAUGUCUCAAAUAUUACCCCUAUUUUCCAUCCACAUUGACACUAUCAGCCAACAUUGAUCUAUAUAAUGAACAACUUCAAAUCUUAUCAACAAAUCUUCGUUAUACUGUUCUCGACUUUCAAGUCGCUGAAGCACAUCUUACUUCCGAUCAGAUGCAUCUCCAUUUUAAUCACCGACAUAUUACAUAUAAUCGUAUACUUGAACAUUUUCAACAAUUAUCGCAACGACCACCCCCUACUCAACGUACUCAUCUUCGGUCAACUGCAGCUACUACACGUCGUAAUCAGAAACGUCAUGCUAAACUCAAACACAAACAACAUCAAUUCACCAUCAGUCGUCCGAUCGAUAUUCAUUGGAAACCCAAACAUGUUAAACACUUACUUAAACAAUACAACAUCACAUACGCACGUUUACCAGAAAUCCACAAACAUGUUAUCAAAAUCCAAUUUAACAAUCCCAAAGAUCGUGAUCAUGCUGAUGAACAAUUACCUACUGAUAUAUUUAACGAAGAACAUUUUCAUCAGUAUUCCCAUAUUGAACAUUAA